UCUUGAUAAAAGUGCUCUUCCCUUUUGGAGGCGGGAAACAAACUACAUUUAUACACAUUGCAAGAAAUGAGGAAAUCGUACACUUACAUGCACUUGCGGGUGAAGUAAAAACUUGUGAAGAAGUGAAUGGAAACCUCAAAUGAACAAAUGACUCGCCCAAAGCUGUCUGGGUAUGAAUUCUGGAGGCAAACAUUGGGAGGAGCUCGUUUGAUAGUUGCUCCAAUGGUAGACCAGAGUGAGCUGGCUUGGAGACUACUGAGUAGACGAUAUGGGGCAGAACUGUGCUACACACCUAUGUUCCACGCAGGCCAGUUUGUGAAGGAUCCAAAAUACAGAGAGGAUGCUUUAGCAUCUUGUUCAGAGGACAGACCCUUGAUUGUACAGUUCUGUGCCAAUGAUCCCCAAUUGUUCCUCCAAGCAGCAUUACUUGCCCAGGAUCAUUGUGAUGCUGUAGAUUUGAACCUCGGCUGUCCACAGGCUAUAGCAAGGAGAGGGCACUAUGGAGCUUUUCUACAGGAUGAGUGGGAUCUUAUCUACACCAUGGUAAACUUGUGUCAUCAAAAGCUGAAAGUACCCAUAACCUGCAAAAUCAGAGUAUUUGAGGAUAUUGGAAAAACAGUGAAAUAUGCACAGAUGAUUGAGAGUGCUGGCUGCCAGUUGCUGACAGUUCAUGGACGCACAAGAGAACAGAAGGGUAUGGCCACUGGCUUGGCCAGCUGGGAACACAUCAAGGCUGUCAAGCAGAAGUUGAAAAUCCCAGUGUUUGCCAAUGGCAACAUCCAGUACAUGAGUGAUGUGGAAAGAUGUAUGGAGGAGGCUGGAGUUGAUGGAGUCAUGUCUGCUGAGGGCAACCUUCACAACCCAGCUUUAUUCCAUGGUAUCAGUCCACCAAUCUGGAAAAUGGCAGAAGAAUACUUAGAUCUUGUAGACAAAUAUCCAUGCCCAUUAUCGUAUAUCAGAGGUCAUCUCUUCAAGCUAUGCCAUCAUUUUUUGUGUGUUCACACAGAUAUAAGAGAAGUAUUAGGAAAUGCUAAACAGCUUGAUGAAGUAAAACGGAGCGUUCAGAUGGUCAAAGAAAGGUGCAAAUUGGAAGCUGAUAAUGAAACUUCGGAUUCAUCUAAUUCAAAAAGUGAUUUGCCACUGCCAUAUUGGUUAUGCCAGCCUUAUGUGAGACCAAGCCCUAAGGUUGAAACAGGAAUUCAGGAAAGCAAGCCAAGAGAAUCCAAAAAACGUCCACUGGAAGACCUUUUAGAAAAUGUAGAGGAUGCCCAUUUGUUGUCAAGGAACCAACUAAAAAAGUUGCUAAGAAACCCAAGUAAGAACUUCCAAGUAAAAAGGCAGUUUGAAUCAUGUGGACUGUGUCCUAACCCGAUGGGACUGAAGUGCUUAUUCAGCAUGUGUAGGCAGUGCUGUAAAGCAAAGACUAAAGCAGAGACACUCGACUGCCCAGGUCACAAAUUCAUGAGAAAAACAAAGGAGAUGGAAAGAUUAAAGAAGAAUCCUGACAGUAAAACUUGUAAACAAACUAAAACAAUUAGCGGAGAACAUUCUCAUAAUACCGUGACUGAGAUGCAUAUACAUGAUAAAGGCAGUCAAGGUGACUCCUUGGAAAGUGCAAAUAACAAGACUGAGGGGGCUUCUUUAGUCAAUUCUAUGGAGGACCCUAAAUUGAACUUAGAAUCACACUGUGACUAAUCAAAUAGAACAAUCCAAUUGGUUUUUACAAUUUUAGUGCACUACAGAAAAAGAUCUACUCAUUAUUUUAACUAAAAGAGCAGGAACAUUUUUUAUGAAAUUUCAGAUGGAUGGUUGAAAGCAACAAUACUGAUUAUUAGAACGUAAACAUAUUUAUUUUUAGAAAAUGGUGUUUUUCACAUCCAACAUUUUGUAUAUUUUACUUUAUAUUGAAUU